AUGCCUAGGUCCAAACGCUCUAAGCUUGUUACCUUAGCUCAAUCAGAGAAAAAGGGGAAGGAAAACAAAACGAGAAUCUUUGACGAGACGAGAGCUGCUUUAGAUGAGUAUCAUUACGUAUGGAUAUUGAGAUUAAACGAUGUUAGAACACCAGUCUUACAAGAUAUUAGGUCAGAUUGGACUGGAUCAAAGUUGCUACUUGGGAAAAGAAGAGUAUUAGAAAAGGCCUUAGGUGACACUCCAGAGGAAGAAUAUAAGGAUGAUUUGCAUAAAUUUUCAAAACUCUGCUCUGGUGUCCCCGGUCUAUUGUUCACGAAUGAAGAUCCUGAAACUGUUAUAAACUAUUUCAAUGCUUACAUUAAACAGGACUAUUCGAGAGCCAAGACGAAGGCUCCUUUAGAUUUCACAGUGCCCGAAGGAAUUAUAUAUUCAAGAGGCGGCCAAGUUCCAAUUGAAGAUGAUAUUCCAAUGGCUCAUUCUUUGGAAGAAACGCUUAGGAAUAAGUUUAAAAUGCCGACACGAAUCAAAGCAGGAAAGAUUAUACUUGAUCAACCGUACACUGUUUGUAACAAAGGCGAUAUAUUAGAUGUUAGACAAGCAUUGAUUUUGAAGCAGUUUGGUGUUGCAGCAUCUGAAUUUAAAGUCAAAGUAACUGCUCAAUACAAUACCAAAACUGCCGAAAUAACCAAAUACGAAGAAGAUUCCUCUUAA